GUCAUGUGACUGCUUGUGUUGUUUGUGGCCGCGCUUCAUGCUCAGUUGGCGGGUCUUCGUAGACAGCUGUCCAACCGCGACUUCAGCACAGCUAAGAGACUCGCGUUUAGCAGAUUAUAUUCAAAAUGUCUCACAGGUACAGAGCAACGCGCAGCGACGCUCGUGUCAGCGAUCUUAAACACAGGAGCAGCGGCCCGUCUCGGUGGUCCCACUGCCGGAAGAGAGGAAUAGAUGGAAGUCUGCGGACCCACAGUGAUGAGGAUGUUGAUGACGGACUCUCUGACAGCAGACAUUCCAGUUUCACCACUCCAGAAAGCGCUGGGCCGGUGUCUCGGUGUGGUCGGUCAUCUGACUGGGGAAGCCAGGUGGAGAAUGAAAAGAUGAGACAAGAUGUUCAUAGAGAUAUGCAGCGUUACAGAAGGAGAAUACUGAGUGCAGAGGUCAGCCAGAGGGAGAGAAAGGCUUCAUCUGGCUCCUCUGGGAGCUGUGAUUCCAGAGAGGGCGAAAACAUUGAGACUGAUGAAGCUGUGUUGAUGCGAAGACAAAAACAAAUCGGCUACGGCAAGAACACACUGGCCUACGACCGAUACAUCAAGGAAGUGCCAAAGCACAUGCGUCAGCCGGGUGUUCACCCAAAGACUCCCAAUAAGUUUAGGAAGUACAGUCGGCGCUCCUGGGAUCAGCAGAUCAAACUGUGGAGGGUCAAACUGCACGCCUGGGACCCCCCAGCAGAGGGCAGCCAAGAAAACACCCUCAGUGAUAACAUAGAAGAGCUGGACCUUGAGGAUAUUGUGGAUAUUGAGUUGGACUUCCCGGCAUUAGCGGAUUCUCAGAAUGCCUCCACUUCUUUGCCGGUACACAGCUCUUCAGCAGAGGAUCAGGACUGUUCAGCUACUCCAGUUAAAAUCCAGAAAACAGAGGAGCCUAACAUGGCCUAGGUCUCUAAUGAACCACGCAUUGGAUUCCUGAAGGUUUUCAUCUAACAGACUACAUCCACAAUGUCUGUGACUCUGCGUCUCAAGUUGGAGAUGUUUUUGGUUUUUCUGUUUAAAGUUUGCUUGUUCCUAAUCGGCAGGUUGAGACCUUUUUACAGAUUCAUCUGCUCAGGGAGCCUUAUUUACAAUAAGAUUUGACACUUCCAGUUUUAACUAAAUUUGUCUCAUUUUCAUGCCUGAAAUCUUGCGCUAACAUGAGCACUUGCUACACUAAUCAGUGGGCACGAGGAGCAUAGGUUUUCUUCUAUUCAUUUUCACAACGUGGAAGUUUACAGUUUCUCUGAUGCGUGUUGCUGUGAGAGGAUUCAUUUCAGUGAGGAGAGAAAAACAGGGGGGGGGGGGUAAAAAGCUGCAGAACCGAAACCUUUUAAUUCAGUUGUUGAAUAAUUUUUUUUUAUGGAGUUGUAACUAUGUUUCUUAUUGCUGUUGAAGAGUUUAAAAUAAAAUAAAAAAAACCAGGUGAAA